CCCCAUGGGUUUGCUCUCUUGCACUGCCGAGGCCGCAAUUGCCACCUGCGAUUCCUCAAUCUUCAAAACCCACUGUCCGCCAAGCAGGCCCUUCCAGAUCAGAGAGUUUUCUUGCUCCGAUCUUGAUUCUGCCACUAAUGGCUUCUCCCAGGGAAAUCUUCUCGGGAAAGGGAGCUAUGGUAAUUAUAAUCCCCCAUGGGUUUGCUCUCUUGCACUGCCGAGGCCGCAAUUGCCACCUGCGAUUCCUCAAUCUUCAAAACCCACUGUCCGCCAAGCAGGCCCUUCCAGAUCAGAGAGUUUUCUUGCUCCGAUCUUGAUUCUGCCACUAAUGGCUUCUCCCAGGGAAAUCUUCUCGGGAAAGGGAGCUAUGGGUUUGUUUACAGAGCUAAUCUUCUUGAGGGGCGAAAUGGGUUUGCCACGGUCGCCGCCAAGGUCACGAAACAGAGCAGCGCCGGCGGAACCGCCGCCGCGGCGGAGAACGAGGUGGAUGUCUUGUCCCGUGUUUACCACCCGCGGCUCGUCAAUUUGAUCGGGUACGGGUUGGAAAUGAACCGGAAGAAGGUUUUGGUUGUGGAGUUUAUGCCUAACGGGUCUUUGUACGACUUGCUUCACGGCUCGGACCGGCCGCUCCGUUUCGAUCGCCGGAUUAGGUUCGCUUUGCAGGUGGCAAAGGCGGUUCGGUUCUGCCACGGGUUGAACCCGCCGAUCAUACACAGGGAUAUAAAGUCGGCGAAUGUGUUGAUUGACGGGAGGUUCAACGCGCGGCUGGGGGAUUUCGGACUGGCGGUGAUGGGACGGGUGGAGGAUGCGGCGGCGAUGCGCACGCCGCCGGCGGGGACUUUGGGGUACCUCGAUCCGGGAUAUCUUGCGCCGGGAGAUCUCACGCCGAAAUCCGAUGUGUUCAGCUUCGGGACACUGUUGAUGGAAAUCAUCAGCGGCCGGAACGCCAUUGACUUAAAUCACAGCCCAUCCUCCGUCGUGGACUGGGCGGUGCCAUUGGUGAAAUCCGGGGCUUACGCUGAGAUCUGCGAUCCAAGGAUCCGCUUGCCGGAGGACGAGGCGGCAAUCCGGCACAUCACGGUCUUGGCCGCCCGGUGCGUGAGAAAGACAGCGAGCAACCGGCCGACGAUGUCCGAAGUGGCGGGUUGCCUGAAAGCGGUGUACGAUCGCCUGAAGUCGCCGGUGUGGACCACGAUACGGCGGCGCGUGGACUGCGUGCGGGAAUCGACGCGUGUGGCGGCCCGAUACGAGCCGCUGGAGGACAGACUGGAGGCCGGAAGGAUUUCCCGAGCCGGCAGCCGGAGAACGCGGAAAGGGUCCAGCGUGGCGGGCGCAGAAUCCGGAGGCGGCGUGAAUAGCGCGAAAAUUUGUCGCCAUUUGGCUAAGGCGAAAUCCAUAGGUUCUUUGGUGGAGAUUGGAUAUGAGCCGUUGGAUCCUGGGAGCUGCCAGGUGGGGCCAGCUAAGAACGCUGGAUUGGGUGCGAAGAGGUCCACGGUGAGGUUGAGCAAGUCAAGGUCAUUGGAAGUGCUGUGCAGCAGUAAUACUACGAAAUUACUCCGCAUUGCGCAAGAGUGAUGUUGAUGUUGAAUGUGAGAGAUCAAAAUUAUUAUUGGACCGAUACAAGGAGGAGGAGGCCCAAAUGGAAAAUCCUCCAUACGAGUAGUUUUUUUCUUUCUUUACUCAUAAUUUAAAUCACCCGUUUUGACUUUUGGGCAUAUUUAACAAAAAUAAAAAAUAGAGUUGAUUUUU